AUGAUCAUCAGACUCAACAAGACUCUUCUCAAUCGCCAAUCGCAACAGAAUGAACCAAAGGAUGGAUAUAUCAAAGGCGUUAGCCAGAAAAUUGUGGAGGCAAAGUCUGAGGAUGUAUCAAAAGUCAUCAAGCAAAUUAUUGGUGAGCAAGAAUCCCGUGAAGCGUUGGCUGUAGCAUGUAACAAGGUUGAUCUAUCACAAUGGAUUGAUGUGUUGAACAAGUUUGAUGAAAUUCUUGAGAAAAUAAUUGCAAAAAGUACCAUAUUAUUGUUUGGAGACAAGAGCAAAAAGCAUCACAAGCAAACACCAACAAAGGACAUCAAAACCUCUCAAAAGACUCCGAACGUGGAUUUGAUUAUUUCUAUUUUAGAAUUUACCAACAUCAUUCUUUCCCAGUGUAAAGUUGGCAUUAUUUCAUACCAUUCUUUGGAUAGGAUAUCUUCUCUUCUCAACUCUGAGAAUUUAGAUAUUAUACACUUGUCUCUUAAAAUUGUCCAUACACACUUCAAGAAACGUACUGCUCUUAGUGAUAGAGAAUUUCUUUCAAUGGAACUAGCAAGGAAGCUCACCAUUUUUACCAAAGGUUAUGGAGAAAACACAAUUCAAUAUUGUUAUGAGGAAAACCUGCCAAAUGAUGUGAUGCAAGCGGGUACAACUCUGAACUUCAGCAUUUUUCAGGAAUAUUUGGAUCAAGGCAAACAACAUCAACCACAACCGACCGAUUUCGUUGAACAGAUAACAAUACCGGAUGUGAAAAAAGCCGCUCCUGACGCGUUGAGUCUGUUCAAUGAUCUCGUUAAAAAGGAGGGUUCCAACGCUGGUAAAUUAUUACCACCAAGAAAGUUUGAAUUGUGGACAAAUAUUCGUUUAGCUUAUGCAUUCUACAAUUUAGAAACAAGAAAAAAGGCGCUUAUUUGCCGUUUGAUGGCUCUUGCAGUCACUGUUGACAUUUCUGACAAGAAUAUGGAUAUCGUAAAAGAACUAACAUCAUGCUUUGAAAAGGAUGAAUCUGGAGUUUUGAAGCUACCAAAAGAAAUUGCCAUUGCCUCCUAUGAUCUUUUUUCCGCUUUUUUAAUUCUGCACAAAUCGAAAUAUCAAGCAUUGACCAUUCAGUCCUUAAUUACCCAUGGAACAUCCACAUAUAAUGGCCUUAUUCAAAGAUUGUUGGGCAAAAUCACAAAGAAGUUUCUUCAUGACUCAGAUCAACACCAUGAAGAUCUUCUUGACGACAGAAAUUAUUUAACCGCUGCUCUUGAUUUACUUGUUACUUUAGCGAGAUUGCCCAUUGGAACCCAAGCUCUUCACGAAACAGGUUUGACGUCUGAUAUCAUUAACUUGCUUCAAUCCAAGUCUGACUUUGUAGUUAUGAAAGCCAUAUGUAUGGUAGAGCUUUUUACCGAUCCUAAACAAAGGUUCUCGUCAUUACCAACUAUACUGACUGAUACACUCAACGUAUUCUCUGACCUAAUGGCGAUUGCUAUCCCAAAAAUAAGCGAAAUAGAACAAGCAUAUCCUGAACGAAAGCCAAUUGAUGUUUCUAAUUUUGCAAUUUAUGAACUCUUAAACGUUUAUCAAGUUCCAACACUUUCGGCAUGCUUACGAAUUUUCGAAAUACUUUGCUCUCAUCAUAACGAUUUGAACAUUUCUGAACUAUUUGAGACAAAACACAUUAGUGAACUGAAUCAAAUUUUGGAGAAUCACUUAUGGUUUGGUCCUUCUGUAUUGUAUAACGUAAUAUCCUUACUUACUAGACUUGCCAGUAGAGAGCCAACUCAAAUUCCAGCAAUUAGAAAUAGCGGAGCAUUUGAAAAGACUUUACUCUUGAUAAAGAAUGGAGUUGCCCCAUAUUCAAAGGUUCUGAUUUCCGUUCUUCCGUUCCUUUCAGAACUAAGUUUAAAUACUGAAUGCCUUGAAAUUAUUGAGAAAGAGCAAAUUAUUCCUCAAUUCCUUCAGGUAUUUUCCAAAGAAAAGUAUGGAACAAUUCUUUCAAAAGAAUAUUCAGGCACCAUUGGCAAAGGUCUUCUGGAUUUUAUCAAGUCAUACACCUCUACACGCGAAAGUAACAUCAAUGCUGUUGUUUCUGUGUCUAAAGCUUUGCUUUCCAACAUUGAAGACGAAAAAGUGGGUGACGUUGAACAAUUGACAGAGACCGGAAUGAAUUUAAUUAGUUUAGGAAUCAACUUUUUGGCAUUUGUAGCCCAAGUCCUAACCGACAAAGAAAACUCAACUCAAUUCUUAGAAAAAGGAGGUCUACCUGUUCUUACAAACCUCUUAGAUCGAACACUAAUUCCUAAUCCAGAAAAAGUUAUUGAUUUUUCCAGAAUAUCAACUCCCUUCCAAGUGAUAGCAAAAACCAAAAACUCUCAAGUUCUCGAUACAUUUACAGAUCUUCUCAUUCAAAAGUUGCAAAUACUCAAAGAUGAUGUGAAAUUGGACGAGUUUUCUCAUUUGAGGGCAGUGUUUUGCAUUUCCAAGAUUUUACCUAUAAUGAUCAACGUCUUUAAAGAUCCAGACGAACUGUUCCUGAACACUUGGAAUACCAAGGGUAAAGAUAUACUUGUUCCAUUGGCAAAGAUUGAAGCAAAACUAAGAAACUACUUUGUUUCACAAAGAAAUCAAAGAAUUUCUGAUCGACUUUCCGUUCAAAAGAAAUUAUCAGGAAAAUACGACGACAAACCAGCAGAAUCAAGUAGCACUGAAACAAAACCUCCUGCAGUUGAAGAAACAGCAGAAGACGCAAAAGCUCGCACACAUAGAACUUUUAUUUCCUCAACCGUAUCCAGCUACUUAAAGCUCGUUACUUCUUUGCACGAAACAAUGCAAACAGCCAUUUUCGACAUUAUGAAAAGUCCCUCUGUUAUUGCUGUCACCGAAGCUAAAAAGCUUGCGUCAAUCUUAACCACCAAUUUUGGAGUGGCAUUAGAAGAAUUCGGCUCAUUUAACAGUACAUGGCAAGACAGAAUUGCAUUAUUACAAAGCAUAUUUGAAAACAUCUCAUCCAUCAUGAUCAAGGAACGAUAUAGAAAUUUGAACAGUCUCAUUCUUAGCUCAUUAAUUGAAACCAAAACACUCAAUGUGAUGUUGGAUCAUUACUCCAACAUGGUGCAGAUUGUUCUCGAUCAAAAAAUUUCGUAUGAUCAAGCACCAUCUAUGAAUGAUAUUGUCAAAACUAUUGAGUACACCUUAAGCGACGAGUUUGUUUCUCAAAAUUUUUUGACCAGUACAACAAAGUUUUUGUUGAGAAUCACCUCGCUUUCAUACAUUUCAACAUCUCCUGUCACAAGAGGAGUUAGCACAGCCACCACAUUUGACAUAUCUGAGCUUCUCAAAAAGACUCAACAGACUGUUGCCACUUGUAUCUUAAAGAUUUGGAAGCAUUCUAACAUUGACAAAUCUCCUAGUGCGUUCCUCAAGGGUAUGAUCAACGUUAUUGGCCAAAUCAUUAAGGGGGUAGAAUCCUCCAAAACUCCCACUGCCACCAAAGAAAAAACUGAGACUGUGACAGAAAAUGAGUCUUUGGUACAACAACUCAUGGAAAUGGGAUUUCCAGAAAAACAAUGCCGUGUUGCCCUUAGAAAAGCUAACAAUGAGUUAAUGGUAGCCAUGGAAUGGAUAUUCAACAAUCCCCAAGAUGCAUCUGAACAAGAAGAGGAGUUAGAAGAAGAGGAUGAAAUCAGUAAGGCCAUCAAAUUAUCUAUGCUCGAAUCUGGUAUGGAAGAUGAAGAGCAAGCCAAGGAUUCGGUUAUUGUGUUAGAGGAGGAGGCCAGCAACUGGCUGCUUUCAAAGUUAUUUAUUCCUGACAUUGGUUUUGCCUGUGUUGAUGUUCUAAGCCUUUGCAUCCAAAAGAAUGAAUCUCUCAAGGACUCUUUGGUCAACCUUUUAAUGGAAAAACUGAACCAAGAUAUUACCGAACAAAAGUCAAAGCCUAGUACUCUUGGUGUUAUGAGAGCAGUUUUAGAGUAUAGUGAAGAGUUCAAGAACUUGAUAUUGUCGAAAAAGAAUGAGUUUAUGGGAUUGUUGCUCAAAAUUGGAGAAGGACAACUCAAACUUGAUCCAAAAGAACCUCAAGUUAAGGAAACUUUGAUAUCCUUGUUUACGCUCUUCGUUGCAAUAACCCAACAGAAAAAGCUCAACGAUAUUUUCUCAACCAAGAAAGAAAAAAUCACAACAGAAAGUCUAGUUCAACAAUUGCAAGUUUUUAGUCUUGUAGAGGAGGAAUACAACAAGUUGUUAGACAUUUGUUUAUCGGUUUUGGAGAAAGAAGAUUAUCAUUCAGUGACACUUUUAGGGCCUGUUAUGAAUGUUCUUUCAAACUUAUCAAGUAAGAGUAGAGAUGUUGCAACAAAAUUGCUAAAACUAAAUAUUGUAGAGAAAAUUUGCUCAAUCAAAGUUUCGGACGUUGGAGGCUCCAAAGUUUUUAAGAUUGCUGAUUAUACUGUUGACAUACUGGAAAAUAUUAUUUGCAACGAUGAAGGUAACCUCAGAAUGGCAUUCAAGUAUAAGCUCAAAUCAAAAUUCAAUAUGCUUUCGACUUUGAGAAGUGUAACAGUCCAAGCAUUUUUGACAGAGGUAUCUUCCUUGAUAGAGAAAAAUCCUGCCGUAUUUUUCGAGGUUGUAAAAGAAAAUUUCAAAAUUCGUUCAGGUUCUAGAAACAUUGAGCUCAAAGAGCCACCAAAGGAAAAAGAAACUCAGGACGCCCAACCAGCAAGUGCUACCAAUGAAGAAGAAAAGAAGGAAGAACUUCAAACUACACCAGUAGCUUCAUCGUCAAAAACAAGUGCACUAAUUCGAGAUGAGAGCACUCCUAAUGCUGUCAUGACACUUUUACUGAACCAAUUGAUAAAAUCAGAAGACGACAGCAAAUCUUCCACUACUGCCACUCCUACCAAUCCUACCCCUGUUCCUGCUUUGACUAGAGGAGAAUUAGUUUCUAUAUUAACUCAAAUAAUGGCCUCGUAUGACUGUUUUGAUACGGUUCUACAAUUUGAACAUGAAAAGCUUUACUCGUCCAUGAGCGGAGAAAACAAAUUCCUGUAUUUUGCUUUCACUACUUUGCUUCCAUCCACCAUUCAAGCCAAUAAUUUAAUAACUGAAAUUUGUGCUAAGAAACCACACGUUGUGUUCCUUGAGAUGGUUAAUGUAUUGACCUCAAUUUCAGAAACAGAUUUCCUUGUAUUGAAAGGCAUUUGUGACUUUUUAACUAGACUUGUCAAAACACAAACAUCACAGCUCGCCAACAUUGCCCUUCUACUCGAGAAAUAUGACAUUCUCAACGUGUUGUCUCAGUGUUCCAACAAAUUAUCAUUGGACCACCCAUCAGCCUCUUCUACUGUAAAUUAUUUGUUAAGUACGAUCGACAUUUGUCUUAAGGCAACUGGAGCUUCAAAGAGAAAAGAUGUAGAGACCACCGAAAUCAACUCUCUAGAAUUGACACAAGUGCGUACUUUGGCUGAAGAAAGAGCAGGUAGUACAUAUUUAAUCUCUGGAGACUCUUUCAGGUCAAGAAUGAGACGAUAUGAUGACGAUGUUGAUGAAGACUCUGAUCGUCUUGAUCAGAUGAUGUAG